AGCACUGCGAGUUACUGGAGCCUAGCAACACGAGAGAGGUGCUUGAGUGAAUAUUGAAGGUACGAUUAAAGGUGUGUAACUGAAGCAGAUUUUGAGAUUUUUGUUUCCAGGAAGCCAGGUUCAAUGGAGGUUGCAACAUUGGAAGCAGAGAUUGCUGAAGUUUUGAAGGAUAUCAAAUCUCUUCAGCAGGAGAUUGACCCGUUAAAUGAGCAGUACGAGACGUUGUGUGAGGAAUUGAAGGUUGUUGAGGAGAGUAUUGGCAAAUCAGAGGUGAAUAAAGUGAUUCAGACUGAACAUGCCGGGUCCAAAGCACAUAAUUACGACGAUACUAUUCCUCCAUUAGUUCAACAUAAUCAUUUUGAUGAUUCCAUAGCUAAAUUUUUCACUGAAUCAUUUCAAAACAAUCCCAAGGAGCUUACGACACACGAGCCAACGAAGAAGAAACAGAAACUAAGUGAGUUCUCCUACAAUUUACUUGAAAAAUCAACCGAAACUGCUGAAAUCAAAGAAAAUAUCUUAUAUGAGAAUAUCUUUAGGUUUGGUGGUGUAACUGCAUUUCCUAUAAAUAACACAUUGUUUAAAGACGAUGACGAGAUCUUAGGUAUACGAUUUGACGUAUUUUCCCAUUUUACUAAAAAGUUUCUGGCCCCUCAUUAUAUAAUACUUAAAAAAUUGGAGAGUAAUACCAAAUCUGCUACUUCUGUUAGUAAAAAAUGGUUUGUAUAUCGACACACCAUUCCUGUUUAUAUUUCUUUAAAAGAAUAUGAUCAUUUCUUAGUCAAUGAAGAAGAUAUAGAUUUGGGAUUAAGAAAAUUUGUCUAUUCGUUGAGAGAUCAUUUGAUUCAAAUUCAAUAUAAACACGAUCAAUUUGAUGCAUUGUCUCAGUUAUCAAUGGGCUCCAUCAAAAAUAAUGAUACCCAGGAUCCAGUGUUUGCCAAAAUUGAUAAAGAUCUUGAAUGCAAUCGUGUCAUAUUACAUAUUACCGAUGAGAAUAACCCAAAGCAGUUAACCCACGAAAUAGAGCUCAUGUGCACUAAUAAUAUAUGUCAAUCUGUUACCGUAAGAUUGACAGGAAAUAAAAGUGAUCAAUUUGAAAGACAAAUUAAUUUGAUCGAGAGUAUAUUAACAGACAUAGAACUUAAAACUAUAAAGAACAAAAUGAUAAAAGCCUUGAGCGUGAUGGUCGAUGAACUCAUGAUAUGACAGCCAAAUCCUUGUAUAAUUAGUGUAUCAAUAUAUGUUAGCAAUGUGCGU